ACCUGAGGUCAGUUUAUAACUAUGACGUUUUAAUUUUGUUCGUUCCUCGGGUUCCGAACAGGUCGGGUGGACAAAGGAUGUAAGAGUGAGGACGCCUUAACUGGGGUCGCGCUGUUUUGCGGGUAGACGAGUAGUCGAGCACUUGUCUUGGAGAGAUGAUGAGGGGGGUGUCACCUGCAAAGACACUCCGACGCUCAAGUCAGCAAUGUGCAGGCGAGCAGAGUAUAGGGUUGAAAGAUGUGACGUACCUCGGGGGAAGAGCCAAUCUUCCCCUUAUAUACAUGUCAGUAGUGAGCCCCUUAUGGGACAGGCCCAUAUUUCCGAGGACGCUGUCCUGCAGCCGUGUGUGAACCGUACAGGACGCGUGUCCGGGUCGGUUGGAGGGCGCGUGUCCGGGUCGGGUACUGCUUGGGUCGGGUCGGCCCAAAGCUGAUUCUGGGCCGGGCCGUAACAGUGCCCCCACGCGCCAAUGGUAGUCGUGGGAGCUACCGAUGGCGUGUCGUCUCGCAUCUCGUCUGGUCGGUCGCUCGUGGGGAGGACGUGCCCCCAAGGCGCGUCUCUUGGUUGCUCAAACAACCGUUUCAUCGCUUCGUUUCCUGCGCCGAGCAUUGAAUGCUCAUAAUGGGGUAAAAAACCCCGUUUGAAAAGACCAUUUUGCCCCCAGGCGUUUCGCGCUCUGGAGGCAGCUUUUAAACGAGUGGUUUUGAUAUUUCUGCACUUUAUGCACUUUUUUCGCACUCCCUAUUCUCCCUUCUUCCUCCUUGCUACAAGGCUUUGCUGUGGUGCCUCCGUUCGUGUUUCUUGCAUUUUCCCAGAUUCCACUUCAUCUUCCUUUCAUCCAUUCAGGUAACUUUUGGAUCAUCCCCUUUUUAUGCAUUAUUUCUGUAUGCUUGUUGUUUGGUUCUUUGAAGUUAUCGUGUAGCCUCUUAGUUGCGAGUAGACGUGUUAGGGGAAAAAGUACCAUUCCAGGGUAGGUUUUUUCUCGCUCUUUUAGCCAUUUAGUCUUGUUUGGCCUUAGUCGGGAAGUCGUGAGGGUGGUGUGUGUGUUCGGCUUGAGCAACCGAUCUCUUAGACUAACUGGAUGGUACCCCCAUGUAGGUAUGGCUCGCACGGUCUCCCGGGCAUCCGUUAACCCCGCGGCGUACGACCAAUAUGCUUGGGUCGUGUCUGAUAUAAGGGAUUCACCCAACCAAAUGGGCGAAGAGGAGCUCACCGAGUUCCGACAAGCCGGGUAUUUGUGUGGCGGGACUGACGAGGAGGCCAAUUACGACGCCUUCGUCCCGGCUGCUCACGAGCGGUUGUAUGAAAUCAACUUCCAACCCCGCCAGGUCGCCGACUGGAUUUGGUUCUACAAGGCCAUGUUCACUCAAGUCGGAGUUCGCAUUCCAUUCUCAGCCUUUCAAAUGGCGCUCUUAAACCGAAUUUCUGUGUCACCGUCGCAGUUGCAUCCGAACAGUUGGGCUUCGAUCCGCUGUUUCGAGAUGGUUUGUGAAUAUCUCGACCUGCCGGUGUCCGUAGAUGUCUUCCUCUUUUUCUUCACCCUCACAAACCCUACCAAGGAGGGGAAACAUAGGAAAGGGUUCAUGUCCUUCCGGGCUGCUCAGGGUCGGAAGAUUUUCGGCUUGUUCGAAGAUUCUUACCAUGGGUUUAAGGACAAGUAUUUUAAGGUCCGCCCGGCCAAAGAUCGUCACCCCUUUUGGUUGUCUCUGGAGGGGGUACGGCUCAUCCCGACUUAUUGGAGCUUCGGGGCGGGAGCCAAUAGUUUUAUUAAGGUGGUUUAUAAAAACAUGUCGGCAGUAGAUCAGCAGAUUGCCGAGGUGCUAAACGCAGUUUUUGGGAAGAACACGGUAAAUCCCCAUCUCCUUAUGGGUGACCGGGAGUCCGGCCGUAACUAUAUUUUGGAUAUGUCUGCGUCCGUGACGGGUCUUCCCGACUUGUUUCAGACUUUCCUUGGCGGCGGUGAUGAGGAGGAGGAUAAUGAGCAGCCUGCCGCUGAGACGUCUACAGCUCCUCCGGAGGACAAAACUACUUCAGGGCCGGAGGGCGCGGUUGGGGGAUCCGGGAUCUCGACCCAAACUGCCCAGGUCGAGGUCGACAAAGCGGUUCACUCCUCUCCUCCUCGCGAAGUGGUAGGCCAAGGGGGUUCGACGUCUGCCCCUGACGAUGAUGUGGAGGUGGUUAUCCCCACCCCUAAAAGAAAAAGGAAGGAGUCCUCUAGUCCCGAGGGGGUCCUCACCGUCAUGGAGAGGAAUUUUGACGCAAGCAAUUUUAUAGAUACCCAACUGAUCCCCGGCACCGAGGAGUACUUCCACGAGUCUUCCCUUGCCGGGCAAGCGAGGUGGAUGUACCGAACACUCCUGCGUGGCGCCGUGAUAGCCCGGAAGGCUGAGUUUGAGCUGUCCGGGAUGGAGUCCCUUCGGAGGAGGCUGGAGGCUAGUGGGAAGGCCAACAAUGAAUUAAAAGGUGAAGUGGAAACUCUCCGGCAGCAGUUGACUCAAUCUUCGGAGAAGUUGGACGCCGCUGAAAAGAAGGCUACCACCGCUGAGCAGAAAACCAUCGCCGCUGAACAAAAGUUAACAGCUGCCGAGAAGAAACAGAAAGAGUCGGACGCGACGAUUGAACGUUUGGUCGAGCGUGAGAUGGCUCUGGAAGGACAGGUCGGUGCGGCGCAAAAGCGGGUGGCCGAAGUUGAGGAAGAGAAGCGGGCCGUGGAGGUCGAGCUGUCAACAUGGAAGGCAAAGUACAAGGACGUCGUCAAACAGGGCAGGGGUGCGAUCCUGGCUACCGAGGAAGCCCUUAAAGCUCAAGUUAAAAUUAUUGCCCCUGAGUUCGACACGUCGGCGAUUGGUGUUCGCAAGGUUAUCCAUGAUGGCAAGGUUGUCGAUGCCUCCAUGAAAUGAUCCUUCUGUUCAUAGUUCUUGUUUAGCCGCUUUAUUUUGACUUGUAAACUAUUUUAGUUUUUGCCGUUUUUGGCUUUGUGGACUAUUUGACCUUAGCCGUUUUUCUUUCGGCUUGUGAACAAUGACCUUUAUUGGUCGCUUGCCCGUGUUGUCGCGAUAAACCUUUUAUUUGCCUGAGCGCGUUAUCAUUUCUAACCGUAUUGGUUUAUACUUGUCGUUUACUCGCCUGCUCGUGUUAUUGUUCCUAUUAACCGUUUUUGGUUUGAAGUCGUUUAGACUGGCGGCCCGUGGCCUUUCGUGUAGUUGUUUGUUAUAACGUUGAUUGACGACAUCCCGGGGUGAUCAGUCCCGGGUCGCACGUCGUUGUUAGUCACGAUGGGAUGGUUUAUCUGAAAAACUUAGAUAGAAUAUGGUGGAGAAUUUGCAUAAGUAUAUCUUAUUCGGUAAUCACAUAAAGGACUUGAAAGUUACUAUAAAUGACAAAUUGACUACUUAGCUAGAUUAGCCGGCACGUCGUUCCGUCUUCUAGGAGUAGAAUCUUCUAAGGUUGUCCGCGUUCCAUGUCCUCGGGACCUCCUUGCCAUCGAGCCUUUCUAACUUAAAGGCUCCUUUUCCCAUCACCUUUUUUACUCUGUAAGGGCCUUCCCAGUUUGCCGCUAGCUUGCCUUCUCCUGGGGUCGGCAGGCCGAUAUCAUUCCGUCUCAGGACGAGGUCGUCAGGCUCAAAGUCCCUCUUGAGCACUUUGGUGUUGUAGCGCAAAGCUAUUCUUUGUUUUAGCGCUGUUUCCGUCAAAUGGGCCAUUUCCCGGGCUUCAUCUAUCAGGUCCUUUUCUACAGUUUCCUCUACUCCUGUCAAAAGCAAUCGCGGGCUCGGUUCACCGAUCUCCACGGGUAUUACUGCAUCCACCCCGUACGCUAGUCGGAAAGGGGUUUCCUUGGUGGAGGAUUGCUCGGUUGUUCAAUAAGACCAGAGGACCGAUGCCAGCUCGUCGGCCCAAGCACCCUUUUUGUUGUCCAACCUCUUCUUUAGCCCUGAAAGGAUAACCUUGUUGGCGGACUCCACUUGUCCGUUCGUCCGAGGGUGUUCUACCGAAGAGAACCUUUGCCUUAUACCUAGGCUGUUGAGAAAUUCUGUGAACUUUUUGUCAGCAAAUUGUGUGCCGUUGUCCGAGAUGACGACUUCUGGUAUCCCGAACCGUGUUAUCACCUGCCUCCACAUGAAUUUUCUGCAAUUGGCUGAGGAUAUGCUAGCCAAUGGUUCGGCUUCUAUCCAUUUGGUAUAGUAAUCAAUUGCCACUAUGAGAUAUUUGACCUGCCCAGGGCCGACAGGGAAGGGCCCUAAGAGGUCGAUUCCCCACUGAGCGAACGGCCGGGAAGUCGUCAGCAAGCUCAACUCGUUUGCCGGUGCCUUGGCAAAGUUGGCGUUCUGUUGGCACUUUAUGCACUUUUUGACAAACUCUUUGGAAUCUGCCAUCAUCGACGGCCAGUAGUACCCAGCUCGGAUCAACUUCCUUGCUAGGGCUUUUCCUCCGAUGUGGUGCCCACAGCAGCCCUCGUGGACUUCCCUGAGGACAUAGUCCGUUUGGUCGGGGUGCAGGCACUUCAGUAGGGGUUGGCUGAGCCCUUUUCUGAACAGCUGUCCUUGGAUGACGGCGUAUUUGGCCGCUUCCCUCCUUAAUUUCACCGCAUCCUUUUCGUCACCAGGGACUUGGCCGUGUUCUAGGUAGUUGGUGAUGGGGUCUAGCCAUGAAGAACUUAGGGUUGUUAUGUGUAGUGCAAUUGCAGGUUCCCUUGUCAUGCCUUGGAUGAGAGACCGGUUUCCCUCCCCUGGCUUCGUGCUGGCUAAUUUUGAUAGGAGGUCUGCUCGUGUGUUCCUUUCUCUGGGUACAUGCUGGACCGUGACCUCGUCGAACUUUUGGCUCAAGCUUUUGACCUUUUCCAAGUACUUCUGCAACAAGGGGUCCUUGGCUUGAUAGCUGCCGUUUACUUGGGAAGUGACGACUUGGGAAUCGCUGCAUACUUCCAGCCUUUUUGCGCCGACCUCUGUUGCUAGGGUCAAGCCUCCUAUGAGGGCUUCGUAUUCUGCUUGGUUGUUCGAGAUGGGAAACUCGAAUCUGACCGACUGUUCGUAUACGACCCCGUUUGGACUUUCUAGGAUGAUCCCGGCUCCUCCGAAGGUCUGGUUGGAGGCUCCGUCCACAUGGAGCUUCCAUCGUGUACCCAUGUCUUCGCCUGGGUCUCCUGUUACUUCAACCAAAAAAUCCUCCAUGGCCUGCGCCUUGAUGGCUUGCCGGGGCUCGUACCGUAUGUCAUAUUGAGAGAGUUCGAUGGACCAAGUCAUCAUUCUUCCCGCCAGGUCGGGUUUUUGGAGAACUUGCCGGAUCCCUUGGUCCGUUCUGACGACCACUUGGUGACUCUGGAAGUACUGUUUUAACCUUCUCGAGGAAGUUAGGAGUGCUAAGGCUAGCUUUUCCAACUUGCUAUAUCUUAACUCUGCUCCUUGUAGGGCCCUGCUUAUGAAGUAGACUGGUUGUUGGGUCCUCCCGUCCUCCCGCACUAGUACUGCGGCCAGGGCUUCGCUUGUUAUAGCGAGGUACAGGUACAGUGGUUCCCCGUCCCUUGGCUUCCCGAGAACGGGAGGUGCCGCUAGGAUUUCCUUGAAGUGUUGAAAGGCUUCUUCGCACGCGGGUGUCCACUCAAACGCCAUCCCUUUCUUCAUGAGGUUGAAGAAUGGCAGGGCCUUUGUCGCCGAGGCCCCGAGAAACCGGGAAAGUGAUGUCAAUCGCCCUGCCAACCUCUGGACGUCCUUGACACAGCCCGGGCUCUUCAUCUGAAGUAUUGCCUGGCAUUUCUCCGGGUUGGCUUCUACCCCUCUCUGAGUUAUCAUAAAUCCCAGGAACUUGCCGGCUUCCAUGGCGAAGGCGCACUUGAGGGGGUUCAGCCUCAUACCAUGUUGACGGAGGGACGCAAACACACUUGCCAGGUCGUUUAGGAGGUCGUCAGGUCGUGUUGUUUUUGCCAGGAUGUCGUCCACGUAAACUUCGACCGUUUUCCCUAUGAGGUCGUGGAAUAUCCUGUUCAUCAGCCUUUGAUAUGUCGCCCCUGCAUUUUUCAAGCCAAACGGCAUUACCUUGUAGCAGAAAGUUCCUCCUGGCGUUAUGAACGCCGUUUUGUCUUCGUCUGGUCGGUGCAUCGGUAUCUGAUUGUAACCGGAGUAGGCGUCCAUGAAACUCAGAUAUCGGUACCCUGCCGCGGCGUCGACGAGUGCAUCUAUGUUGGGGAGGGGGAAGCAAUCUUUGGGGCAUGCUUUGUUAAGGUCAGAGUAGUCCACGCACAUUCUCCAUCUGCCAUUGUGUUUUUUCACCAAUACCACAUUUGAGAGCCACGUCGAGUAGUCCACUUCUCGUAUGAAGCCUGCUUCUAGGAGGCCGGCCGUUUGCUUGGCUACCUCCUCUGCUCUUUCCGCCGACAUCUUUCUCCUUCAUUGAGCCACUGGGCGUGCAUCCGGCUUGACGGCUAGGUGAUGUGAGAUGAUUUGUGGAUCAAUGCCCGGCAUGUCGGCUGGCGUCCAUGCGAACAGGUCUUUGUUGGCCCUUAUCAUUUCAAUCAAAGGCUCCUUCAACUCAUGUGGGAGGUUCUUGUUAACGAAUGUGAACUUUUCCCCUUCGUCACCGAUGCUAAAUUUCUCCAGGUCCCCUUCUGGUUCCGGCCUCGGGUUGUCCUCUACUCUAGCAUCGAGGUCGGCUAGGAAUACGCCAGAUGCUUCCUUGGACUUCUUUCUGAGGGAAAGGCUGGCGUUGUCACAAGCGACCGCCGUCUCGAGGUCUCCUCUUAUGGUCCCUAUGGAUCCAUCAUCGGUGACAAACUUCAUAACUAGUAGCUUGGUGUUGAUUAUGGCUUCAAAAUCAUUGAUUGUUUUUCUUCCCAAGAUGAUGUUGUAGGCUGUGGAGUCUCGGAAGAUCACGAAUUCGGCCAUCGCCGAUCUUCGGCCUUGCAUCUGUCCUACCGAGAUCGGUAGGGAAAUGACUCCGUCUGGUUUGAUGAAGUGGUCGCCUAACCCGAUAACCCCGUGCUGGUGGGUCGUCAGGUCGGCAUCCUUCAGCCCCAGUGCGUCGAACACAUUGCGGAACAUGAUGUUUGAAUCAGCCCCAGUGUCGACAAGGAUCCGUUUGACGAGGCCGGUUCCCACUCUGGCCGUUAUGACCAUGGGAGGGUUUUCCGGGGCGUCGCUGAACCAUUGAUCUUCUGGGCCGAAAGAAAUGGACGGAGGUUUUUUGGUACUCUGCACAGGUGGAGAUGAGAUCGCCAGAAUCUUGGCGUCUUUCUUGUGUGCCGACCGGGAUUUUGGUGCAGCGUUUUUUGCCGUUACCACGUUUAUUACCGUGAGGCCGUGGUCUCUGUCUUCGGGCUCCGGUCGCCGUUUGGCCGAGCGUGUCUUGUCUUCCUCGUCCUGAUCACGAUAACGCCUUCUCGGCUCCCUGAUGAGAUGGGAGAACGCUGCUAGCUUUCCUUCCCUUAUCGCCUGUUCUAAUGCAUCCUUCAGGUCGAAACAGUCCUGUGUUUGAUGGCCAUACCCCUUAUGGUAAUCACAAUAAAGGUUCUUGUUUCCACCCGUACGGUCCUUAAGUGGUCGAGGCUUCGGAAGAAUUCCCUUCUCAGCUAUUUGUUGAUACACUUCCACGAUGGGGAGGGUGAGUGGAGUGUAGUUAGUAAAUUUUCCGACUCGAGGGAAUGGCCUAGGUGCUUUGUUUGAUGCCUCCUCCCUGGCCUUUUCUUUUGCUCUCUCACCGUCUCCACCGGGCUGCCGAGCCUGGCCAUAACCGGACUGCCGCUUAUUGGCAGCCACGACUCGGCUGACUUCCUCGUCGUUUAUGUACUCCUUGGCCACCGUUUGGAUUUCAUGCAUUGUCCAAACCGGCUUCGUGGUAAGGUGUUUCCGGAAGUUCUCGUUGAGGAGGCCGUUCGUCAGGCAGAGACUGGCCACCGAGUCGGUUAAGCCGUCGAUCUCCAAGCAUUCGUCGUUGAACCGAUCUAGGUACCUCCUGGUCGGCUCUCCCUGUCUCUGGGUUACCCCGAGAAGGUUGAUAGGAUGCUUGGCUUUUGCUAUUCGCGUUGUAAAUUGAGCCAGGAACGCGCGACUGAUGUCUGAGAAAUUGUAGAUGGAACCUUGAGGGAGGCCGUUAAACCAUCUGAUCGCUGGUCCUGCUAGGGUUACCGGGAAGGCGCGGCAUCUUACUUCGUCGCCCACUCCCUCUAGAUUCAUCCUGGCCUCGAAGGCCGUGAGGUGUUCUAGAGGGUCUUGAGUUCCGUCGUACCUCAUGUCCGUUGGCUUGUCGAAGUGUUUCGGCAGCCGGACCUCGAGGAUAGAUCGGUGGAACGGGGUGGCGCCCAUUAUCACAGGUUGUCGAGUUCUCUCGGAUUUCCCUUCUCCGUCCUCACGACCUCUCGCCGUUCGGCGAGAUUGUCUGCCGCAAGAGUAGAUGACUGUGUCAUUCCGUCUUCUCGGAAUGGGUGAUUCCUCUUGCGUGCCCUCUGCUUCCAUCCGGGAUGCAGAUAUACGCCGUGAGCGGCUUCGGUGAGAGCUCUCUUCCUCCUCGCCCCCAGGAGACGGGGUGUAGCUUGGGUCGGUAGACCAUCCAUCCCUCUCCCGGUUGGCCAGCUGUCGUUCUAGGUUCUGGACCCUGUGGCGUAGCUCCUGCAUUAUUAUGGCGCUAUCGCCGCCCGUUCCCCCGAAUGGUCGGGUUCUCGUGUGUUGUUGGGGGGAUCUCCGGCCUCCCCUUUGCGAGGCGACGGAGGCUGCCCCCUCCGCUCCGGCUGCUCGAGCUCGGUCGCCGGGACCUGGCGCGACUUCCAUUCAGGCAAAGAGGUUCCCACAGACGGCGCCAAUGUUCGUUCCUCGGGUUCCGAACAGGUCGGGUGGACAAAGGAUGUAAGAGUGAGGACGCCUUAACUGGGGUCGCGCUGUUUUGCGGGUAGACGAGUAGUCGAGCACUUGUCUUGGAGAGAUGAUGAGGGGGGGUGCCACCUGCAAAGACACUCCGACGCUCAAGUCAGCAAUGUGCAGGCGAGCAGAGUAUAGGGUUGAAAGAUGUGACGUACCUCGGGGGAAGAGCCAAUCUUCCCCUUAUAUACAUGUCAGUAGUGGGCCCCUUAUGGGACAGGCCCAUAUUUCCGAGGACGCUGUCCUGCAGCCGUGUGUGAACCGUACAGGACGCGUGUCCGGGUCGGUUGGAGGGCGCGUGUCCGGGUCGGGUACUGCUUGGGUCGGGUCGGCCCAAAGCUGAUUCUGGGCCGGGCCGUAACAAAUUUUUUAUCUAAUUUUAUUCUAAACACUAUCAUUGUGGUUCUGAUUCUAGG